AUGGCUAGAAGAGGUGGAAGAAACAAUGACGCAAUUGUUGAGGCUUUGGGUAUGAUUGCUGGUGUGUUGGGAAGAAAUCCCAAUAGAGCAGGAAUUGGUGCUAACAGACAACUGGGAGAUUUUCAGAGGAACAAUCUUCCAUUGUUCAAAGGCACUCAUGAUCGUGAAGCUGAUGGCUGGUGGGUUGCUACUAGAGCUGAAUUGGAUGCUGACGGUGUAACAAUUACUUGUGCUGUAUUCAAAAAAGAAUUUCUGAGGAGAUACUUUCUGGAAGAUGUUUGGGGAAGGAAGGACAUUGAGUUCUUGGAUCUGAAGCAGGGUAAUAUGACAGUACCGGAGUAUGCUUCUAAAUUUGUGGAAUUGGCGAAGAUCUUUAAGGAGGAUAAAAUUAAGCUGAAGUCAUCUAAAUCUCGCGAUUUGGUUGAUAAGAGAGGAAAAGCUGUGAGUAGUGAAUUACUAAUGGUAUGUGAAUUCCCGAAAGUUUUUCCAAAAGACGUUAGAGAAUUGCCACUUGAGAGAGAAGUGGAAUUUACUAUUGAGUUGAUUCCUGGAACUAGUCCUGUGUCGAUGGCACCUUAUCGUAUAUCGGCAUCUGAGUUGGCUGGAUUGAAGAGUCAAUUAGAAAAUUUGCUGGAGAAAGAAUUCAUUCGUCCUAGUGUUUCCCCGUGGGGUGUGCCGGUGCUGUUGGUAAAGAAGAAAGAAGGCUCUAUGAGGUUGUGA